AACUUUUUCUGAAGUAGUAGUUACCACUUACUGUAUAUUAUUCUUCUCAUGUUAUUUUUAGUUGAAUCAUAAUUAACAAGAAAUAUUUUUAAUACAGGGAUAUAGUGCAACUCUCCAUGCUUGAAAUAAAACACAGGCUAACGGAACUGGAAGCCAAACUCCGUGCUGACAAUGAAGGUGGUGAAUGGAAAACCCGUUACGAGACACAACUUGAACUUAACAGUCAACUAGAAAAGCAAAUUGUUUCUCUUGAAGAGAAAAUGGAAAAAUUCCGCGGAAACCCUUCAGAUAGACUGUCUUCUAUUCGUGUCUAUGAACAAAUGCCAGUGGAAUCCUUAAAUACAUUACUUAAACAGCUAGAAAAAGAAAAAAGGAGCCUUGAAAAUCAAGUGAAAGACUACGCACUUAGAUUAGAACAAGAAUCAAAGGCUUACCACAAGACCAACAAUGAGCGCCGUGCAUACCUGGCUGAAAUGUCUCAGGUAACUGGCUCACAUCAAGUUUCUAAAAGGCAACAGGUGGAUCAACUGCCCAGCAUGAAAGAGAAUCUAAUGAAAAUGGGGAAAUCUUAUUCAGUUAACCAGAAGACAGUGAGUGCCAAGAAAGGACCAGUGAAAAAGAUUACAAGAAGAAGCUACCUUCCAAAACUCAGCCCAUGA